AUGGAUGCACUAACUCCUACUGUGUUCUCCUCAGGUCCGUGGGGCAGGUGUAUGGGCAGCGAAUGCGGUCCCGGCGGCAGCCAGAGUCGUGCGGUGUGGUGUGCUCAUGUGGAGGGCUGGACGACCCUCCACACCAACUGCCUUCAGUCCAGCCGACCCGCCAACCAACAGAGCUGCUUCCGCGUCUGCGACUGGCACAAAGACCUGUACGACUGGCGGCGGGGCGCGUGGAACCAGUGCGUGCCCAUAUCUCUGCGCACCGGCCGCACAGCAGCCUGUCUGCAGGGCGAGGAGGGCAUCCAAACACGCGAGGUGUACUGCUCGCUCCGAGCGGACGGCUCCACAGCAGACGAUGCCAUCUGCGAGUACUUUGAGCCCAAACCCAGACAGGAACAGGCUUGUCUUAUUCCGUGCCCUAAGGACUGUGUGGUGACUGAAUUCACCCCGUGGACCACUUGCUCUAAGACCUGCGGGUUGGGUUUGCAGAACCGCGUGCGCUCUGUAGUGGCGCCGCCACUUUUCGGUGGACUUCCGUGCCCGAAUUUGACUGAGUUCCAAACGUGCGCACCGAGGGCCUGCGAGGGCCGAGAGACAGUGUUUAAUCUGAGAGUGGGCGGCUGGAGCGAGUGCCAGAGUUUGCCCGUGCCUGCGGUGAUCUUGCCGACCUCCACAGCCGCCCCCUUGCGCGCCGUGCGCCAAACCCGCCGACGGAAAGGCAAGGAGCGGAAGGGCAGCAGAGACCCGGAGAUGCGGGAGCUCAUCAAGAGCAAGAGAAACCGCAACCGGCUCAGUCGAAUGGAGGAUGACCUCUGGAAUAUGCAAAUAGGAUUUCAGGCCCGACAAGUGGUUUGCGUUCAUCGAAAUGGAAGUACGGUGCCGCUCAGGUUAUGUCCUCACUGGAGUCUGCCGGAGCUCCACCAGUCCUGCCUGAUGCCCAGAGACUGUGUCCUGAGUGACUGGAGCGAGUGGAGCUCCUGCUCGAAGACCUGCUCAGACCCCACUGUCCCACAGGGUUCUCGGUCCCGCAGCCGCCAGCUGACCCGUCUGCCUAGCGGAGGAGGCUCAGAGUGCUCACAGCUGGAGGAGAGCCAGGCUUGCGAGCCGGAGGGAGACUCUGUGCCACCCUGCGCCCUUUACUCGUGGCGGAGCACGGAGUGGAGUGAGUGUCGUGUUGAUGCUCUGCUCAGCCAGCAGGACCGACGGAGAGCCAAUCACACUGGACUGUGUGGCGGAGGAGUGCAGACCAGAGAGGUUUACUGUGUCCAGGCCAAUGCUGAACUCCUCAACUACAUCAAUAACAGCAAAAACAAACAAGAAGGUCAGUCUCCAAACGGUCAGAUGCCUAGUGUCCCUCCUCUCCUGUCCAUCACCUAUGAGAUCUCAGCAUCUCCACCGGUGGAUGUUCGCCUGUGUAAAGGAGCGACUCCGAGCGCCACACAACUGUGCCACAUUCAGUGCCCUGUGGAGUGUCAGCUGUCCCCGUGGGGCGCCUGGGGGCCCUGCACCUUCGAGAACUGUGACGAACGUAGCGUCAAAAAAGGUUUCAAGUUCAGACGGCGUUCCAUCACUAACUACCCGACGGGCGGUGAAGGCAGCUGUGCUCACCUGGUUGAGUCCAUCCCGUGUGAUGAUCCCACCUGUUUCACCUGGCAGCUGGUCAAGCUAGAGGAGUGUAUCCCUGAAGAAGACAUGGACUGUGGAGAGGGAAUGCAGAAUCCACAAGUCCGCUGCAUCAACAACGAAGGUGUUGAGGUGGAGAAGGAGAUGUGUUCGGAUGCGGUUUACCCUUCGCCUGUGCCCUGUGUGGUUCCCUGUCCUAAAGACUGUGCUCUGAGCCUCUGGACUGAAUGGUCCACCUGUUCUCAGACCUGCUCCAGCAAAAACGCUGAAGGCAAGCAGAUGAGGACCAGAGCCAUACUGGCCUACAAUGCAGGAGAAGUGACAUCAAUGGUAGUGGCGUGGAUAACAGUUAUGGAGGGUCUUACAAGGGUUCCCAAGUUUCCUGAACUCUAUGGAGGAUCCAGCUGCCCGAACACCAGCGCGUUACAGCAGGUGCGUAACUGUAAUGAGCAUGCAUGUGUGGUGUACCACUGGCAGACGGGACCCUGGAGCCUCUGUGUGGAGGACGGUACCUCCUCCAGCCUCAACAGCUCCUCCGGCAGCGCAGACAGAGCCUCCUGCACCGCUGGCAUCCAAACACGCAAGGUCAUCUGCGUCAAGGUCAACGUCGGACAGGUGCCACCCAAAAAGUGUCCUGAAGCCCCUCGACCAGAGUCUGUGCAGGUCUGUCAGCUGCCCUGUAAGAGAGACUGUAUAGUGACACCUUACAGUGAAUGGACAGACUGUCCAACAUCCUGUGAUUCAGGUGCGAACGGACAGAAUAAGCAGUCUCACUAUCGAGUGAUCAUUCAGAGGCCAGCCAAUGGAGGUCAGGAGUGUCCAGACACCCUUUAUGAAGAGAAAGACUGCGCAGCUCCAGCUGUCUGUCCUGGUUACAGGUGGAAAACGCACAAAUGGCGUAAAUGUCAGCUGGUCCCUUGGAGCAUCCGCAGAGACAGUAAAGGAGCUCAGGAGAACUGUGGAGCAGGAAUCCAGACUCGAGCGGUUUCAUGUCGUCAGCUGGACGGUGGUCUGGCGGAUGUUCUGCAGUGUUUGCGCUCUGCCAGCAGUAUGCCCGCGGUCAGCCAGCUCUGCCAGUUGCCGUGCAGAGACGACUGCCAGCUCAGCGGCUGGUCCCGCUUCUCCCCCUGCUCCUCAGACUGUGUGGGGGUCCGGACCCGCCGGAGAAACCUGCUGGGAAAGAGCAAGAAGAAGGAUAAGUGUAAGAACAGUCAGAUGUAUCCGCUGAGCGAGACUCAAUACUGUCCCUGUGACAAGUACAACGCGCAGCCGGUGGGAAACUGGUCUGACUGUGUCCUGCCGGAGGGAAUGAAGGAGUGCGGACAGGGCUAUCGAUACCAGGCUAUGGUGUGUUAUGACCAGGACAACCGGCUGGUGGAGACCUCUCGCUGUAACAGCCACGGGUAUAUCGAGGAAGCCUGCAUCGUCCCCUGUCCUUCUGACUGUAAACUGAGUGAAUGGUCAAACUGGUCACGCUGCAGUAAAUCCUGUGGCAGUGGCGUUAAAGUUCGCUCAAAAUGGCUCAGAGAAAAGCCUUACAAUGGAGGAAGACCCUGCCCAAAACUGGAUCACCUGAACCAGGCACAGGUAUAUGAGGUUGUGCCGUGCGUCAGUGACUGCAGCCAGUACGUGUGGGUGUCUGAACCCUGGAGUGUGUGGAAAGUGAGUAACGUGGACCUGAAGGAGAACUGUGGAGAAGGCGUUCAGACCAGAAGAGUGAGGUGUAUGAUGAACACAGUGGACGGUCCUGCUGACUCUGUGGAGGAUUAUCUAUGUGACCCUGAGGAGAUGCCGCCAGGCACCAGAGAGAGUCGUCUGCCCUGCCCAGAGGACUGUGUGCUGUCUGAAUGGAGCCGUUGGACCUCCUGUGACCUGCCGUGUACUGGAAGAGGAGAUCGGGAGAGGACGGCGUUCGCUCUUCGUUUGCCUAAAGAAGGAGAGGACUGUCCUGUCAGCAUGCAGACCGAGCCCUGCCUGCUCAACCGCAACUGCUUCCACUACAGCUACAACAUCACCGACUGGAGCACAUGCCAAUUAAGUGCCAACGCUGUGUGUGGAAUUGGCCUCAAGACGAGGAUGCUGGACUGUGUUAGAAGUGAUGGAAAAUCUGUCGACCUGAAGUACUGCAAAGAGGGAAGAUGUGGAGAAAGCGGACGGUGGUUCAGGCAUCUCAGGGUGACGGUCGCCAUGUCCCUAUCAGAUGGAGCAGUGGAAACACCUGUCCCGUUCGACCCUGCUACAGAUGGGAGUACGGCAGUGGACGUGGUGUGCGGGGUAGGUGUGCGUUUCCGGAAUCUGUCCUGUUUUGUGUCUGAUGGCUCCAGUGAUGGAAGAGCCAGGUAUUGUGGAGGAAGAGCUCUGUGCUGGACUGGAGAAAGCCGUCGAUGGGAUAAGAAGAUGCUUCUUGGAGGAGACCUGCACCUUACCCUGCCCUGUGUGUGUGUGAAAGGUCAGCGUCUGGACUUCACGCCAGUGCAGGUUCCGUUCAAGGGCUGUCAUGCGCAGGAGCCUGAAAACAUCGCUCAGUGUCCUGAUCAGGAGUGGCAAUGGGGUAGUGUUAUGAUUAUACAGUGGAUGGGUGGACUUCAACUGGUCUGGUGUCAGCGGUCAGAUGGAAUAAACGUCACAGGCGGAUGCCCUCCAGCUCUAUUACCGGGGGCCGACCAGUCAUGUGAUCCACUCUGUGACAAACCACAGUCAUUCUGCUCGGAGGAGAGCGUGUGUAUGUGCGAGGAGGGCUUCACUGAAGUGCUCACUACUGACGGAGCGCUGGAGCAGUGCGCACCCAUUCCUGUGCUGGAAAUCCCCACCGCUGGAGACAAGAAGGCUGAUGUGAAGACCAGCCGAGCUAUCAAUCCCACCCUGCCCACCACUGUGCAGCCCGGACGCGUCGGACGCACGUGGUACUUACAGCCCUUUGGUGCAGAUGGGAAGCUGAAGACGUGGGUAUAUGGUGUGGCGGCAGGUGUUUUUGUCCUCCUGGUAUUUAUAGUGUCGAUGAUUUACCUCGCAUGCAGUUACUGUGCCAUCCGGCGGUCACUUGGUACGCCUGAUUCUGCCAACGGUACAGUGGUGUGGAUGGGCCAAGAUGCCCAUGAGCUGACAUACACCUGUCCUGAGUGCCAGCAGGAGAGUCAAGGAUCCAGAUCCAGUUAAAAGCUGGAGAAACCGGCUCCUGACGUCCUGCUUCCUUGACCCAGUGCCUUGGUCUCAAUCUGUGCCUUUACCUUCUCAUGCUAAAUACAU